UGGAGGGCUGAGGGCUGCAGUCUUCACUUUCUGUGGGAGGAAGUUUACUCCCCUUUCUCGGUGUGUAUCUGUGGGUGUUGCAGCUUGCAGGAUGCAUAAAUGACUUAAGUGAACAUUCACAGCUCAGACUCACCAUCUUCAUCCACAACUCACAAUGGCGAGUGUCACCUUCAUCACUUUUCUCUUCAUCACGGUCAUGUUGUCAACAGUCUCGGCUAAAGCAGGUGGACUUGGGAGUUGCUGUCGCUACACUAGACACCGUAAAGUCCAGAGAGAUUUACUGAAGUGUUACUACAAACUAGGUCCACCGUCGUGUUCUCGAUACAACGUGGUAUUCAUCACGCUGAUGGGCAAACGGAUCUGCUCAGACCCAGACAGCCCGUGGACAGAGGCCAUCAUGACUUAUCUCAAUCACAAGAAAUGGCAGUAUCAAAGCAUGAAUUUUAACAACUGUACUGUCAACAGUCAGCUGUUAAAUUACUGAACAACAGCUUAAAGGUUUUCUUUCUACUGUGCAAACAGCACAAAUUUUGAAUGUAUUCAUAUUUUAUAUUGCCUCAUUCUGAUUAUGUAGUAUGUGACAUUUGCUUUUGUUUUUCCUCACCAUUCGUCAGAUUUUUUUUUUAUUUUGCAUUUGUAUAAAUAUGUUUUGUUUUUUGUAUUAUACAGCAUAUGAGUGAAAUAGCAAAAUACAAAAAAACCCUGUAAAAACUAAGUUUUUAGUUGUGGAUGUCAGGGAACUAUACAGUUUGUUUGUAUUAUGAUCAUCACAUACAUAUGACCAAUAAAGUGUAUAUAAACAGA